AUGUUAUCCUCAACGGCAGGUGGUCUUGCUGGCUGCGUUGUCGCCGGUCGCCUCGCGGAAGCAGACAAGAACUUGGUCAUUCUGGUCAUCGAACAGGGCCCUAACAACUAUGGCAUGAAGGAGGUGGUACAUCCAGCGCUUUACCCUCGCAACCUCUUCCCGCAAAGCAGGGUCACGCUGUUCUGGCAGACAAAGAAGUCUCCACAGCUCGCGAACAGGUCUCCAAUCGUCCCGUCGGGUGGUACAUUGGGUGGUGGAUCUGCUAUGAACUGGAUGGUCUACACUCGUGCACAGCGAUCGGACUUUGACUCGUGGAAGACGCCGGGCUGGACUGCUGAUGAGAUUCUGCCAUUCUUGAACAAGUUCGAAACCUACCACGGCAAAGGCGACAAGGAUCGCCACGGAUUCGAUGGCCCAGUGAACGUCUCAAAGGGCACACAUACCUGCACUCGCGCCGAGAACGCUUUCGUCGAAGCCGCUGCGAAGCUCGGAUACCCCGAGUCCAACGAUCUCCAGAAUCUCGACAACAACGAUGCCAUUGAGCGAUACUACAAAUACAUCGGCCCCAACGGCCGACGUCAAGACGCCGCUCAUCGCUUCCUCCACCCCAAGAUCCAGAGUGGCGAAUACCCCAACCUGCAUGUCCUCGUGGAGAAGCAGGUCGUCAAGGUCCACUUCGACGGCAAGCGCGCCACUGGCGUCGAAUACCAGACGAACCCGAAAUAUCUCGCCAACCCAGAGUUCUUGUCAACAGCGUACACAGCUCGUCGCUCUGUCAAUGCGCGUAAGCUUGUCGUCGUGUCCGCUGGAGCUAAUGGUACUCCCGGUGUGCUCGAACGCUCUGGUGUGGGUGAUGCGAAGCUUUUGGAGAAGCUUGGCAUCCCUGUUGUUGAGGAUCUUCCUGGUGUUGGAGAGGAUUAUCAAGAUCACCAUCUUUCGCUCUGGUCUUACAGGACGAACCUGAAGCCUAGAGAGUGUAUCAAUGGCUUUAUGGAUGGACGCUGGGACGUUGAUGAUGCGAUUCGACAUGGGGAUGAACUUCUUGGUACAAAUGGUAUGGAUGCACAGGGGAAGUUCAGACCAACUGAGGAAGAAGUUGAUGCUCUGGGCCCGAAGUUCAGAGAGGCGUGGGAUAGGGCGUUCAAGCCUUUCCCUGACAAGCCGCUGAUGAUUCUUGCUCUUUAUACAUGCUACUACGGCGACCACUCCGUCCUCCCAGACGAUGCCGAAUACGUCUCCAUGGCGAACUGGACAGGCUACCCCUUCAGUCGAGGCUCCGUCCACAUCAGUGGUGCAGACAUGCACGCUCCUGUUGAUUUCGAUACCGGCUGGCUCACUGACCCCGACGACAACGAUGUCAAGAAACACAUCUGGGCCUACAAGGUGACCCGCGAGAUGUGGCGCCGCAUGCCGAUUUUCCGCGGCGAACUCAAGGGCAAUCACCCUGACUUUCCCGAAGGCUCCGAAGCCGCCGUUGUCGAGAAAGCAGACGGUCCAAUGUACACAGACGACAAGGCCCGCAUCAAGUACACUAAGGAAGACGAUGCCGCUAUCGAGCAAAGGAUCAGGGAGAUCAUCUCAACGACCUGGCACAGUCUCGGAACGUGCAAGAUGGCACCGAAGGACCAGAAGGGUGUCGUUGAUGGUAAUCUCAGUGUUCAUGGCCUUGAGGGCUUGAAGUUGGCGGAUCUCAGUAUCCCACCGGAAAAUGUGGGUGCGAACACUGGAAAUACGGCCUUCGUGAUAGGCGAGAAGGCGGCGGAUAUUUUCAUCAAGGAGCUGGGGAUUCAGAAGGUGGAUUCGCCGCAGAUGUAG